UUAGUCAAAUUUAGAGCAGUUUAACUUUGAUCAAAGUAAAAACAUAUUAUAACCUGAAACAGUGGGAGUAUGCAUAACAUGAAAACAAUUCACUAAACUAGGGAGAUAGCUACAACACGUAACAUGAUAAGCAUGAAACUCGCUUGCCACGGAUAUAUAAUUACUCCAUCUCCUUUAACUUGAUUACAGCCGCAACAAAGGAGCAUUUUAUAACGCCAUGUUUUGCGUCCACUUAAUAUAUAUGUCUCUGGUUAAACACACGGCGGUUUUUUCCCCAAAAUAAGCAUAACGAGAGAAAUAAGGCAAUCUCACUCAAUUUCCUGCACAUUUCUAUGUUGAAUCAUUAGUCGCCAUUGAUUACAUGUCAAGCUCAACAUAUAUUUGAUGUUAUGUUACUCAAACACUACACACCACAGUUACAUGCCAACAAAAUAAUAAAGAAGAUAUAUAGCCACAUAUCUGUGGUGCAAAUUGUAAGGUUGUGUGCAUAUUGCUAUUGCUCGAUGGAUCGCUUUCGUGUUCCUUGUGAUGUGUUGCUUUAUCUUUUCUCCUUUCCAGUGUGUGCCAGAAAGAGGACACCUUUCUCUUCUUGGCUUUUGGAUCUUGUUUCUUGCCUUGCAAGAGCUAGCUUCCCCUAAUAAUCUCUCUCUCUCUCUCUCUCUCUCCAUUGCUAGCUAUAUAGCUACAUUCCUGGGUCGAUCCCUAUAUAAGAGGAGAGGCAUGAACUCAAAUGAAAUUUCCAAUAAGCUCCACAUGUCGUGAGAGCAGAGCACCGGCCGGUUGAUCGAGAUAACACAGUUGGAGAGUUUUUUCUCCUUUUCUUUUUUUCUGUUUAAUUCAUCCGGCGAGUCAGAUGAGGUCUUCGUCGUCACCUUCGUUGGCUAAAUCCAUAUUUAGCCUCGGAACUCAGGGAGCCAUGAUCGAGAGAAGCAACUCCACCCCUUCCGCCACUCCGGCGAGGCCACCGCUCGCCGUCGACGAGGAGUACAACCAGGCCUUCCGCUCCAAGUCCUUCCUCGACCUAUGGUCUCACGCCCACCACCACCUCACCCACACCUUCUCCUCCUUCAAGCUCUCCACCUCCACCCCCUGCGCCGGCCGCGGCGGUGCCAGGGAGGACGACUUCUUGCACGCCGGCGGUGAUGGCGGCGCGGCGGAUGACUCGGAGCAGUCGUGCUCUUAUACUGUUCUUGACGACUUCGUCCUCGAGCCGAGCCCGGAGUCGCUUGCUCGGGGUGCUCGUCUCCAGCAACGGCGGCGGCGGCGGCCGCGGCGUCACCGCGUGGAGACGCUGCUGAUUGAGUAUUUUGAUGUGACGGAGGAGGCGUGCGAGGCUUGCUCCGCGCUGCUCGCCGCCAUCGGCGCCGCGCGGCGGCAUCACCUCACGCUCCGACGGCUGCUGCUCCGGCUCGACGGGGGAGACGACGACGACGCCAAGGAUGCCCUCGCGCGCCAUGUCCGCCUCGACAACCCGCUCUCCCCGGGCAGCCUCUCGGAGUUCCACGACGUGCACGCCCGGUGCUCUCCGCUGGCGUCGCCCGACGCUGCCGCGAGGGACGGCCACCGCCGGAUCCGGGCGGGGGAUGGCUUGACGAGCCCGUAG